CCGUAAGAGGGGACUAUUACGAAACGGUCUCUUAUAUAUGGAUUAGCAACUUGGCGCGGCGAUAGAAUUUUAGCAGUUCCGCGGAGAUGGCGGCACUGAGCUCUUCGUUCCUUCAAAUCGUCAUCCCAUCUUCGACAGAAACAACGAAAAAUAGCGAGUUUUCGAAGGGAUUGAAACAAAAUAGUGGACGGGUUUGUUGUUCGUCAAAGGAAGGCUCGCCGAUACUCAAAUUCGCAGUAAGCGGGGUCACAGAGUUGCUUCGGAUUCUCAGUUGGCGAAGUCCACGUUCGAAUGAAACCGCUAAACAGCCUUCAGAUGAGAGGCUUUCAGUUCGCGACAUCGAAGACCUGGUUGCCAUCAUCGAGUCCGAUUAUCAGAGAGCUUAUUUCCUUACGGGAAAUUUCACAUCAACAAUCUAUGCUGAAGACUGCUUGUUUGAAGAUCCAACAAUCAAAUUCUCUGGUAGAGAUCUUUAUAAACGCAACCUGGAGUUGCUUGUGCCUUUCUUUGAUCAUCCAUUUCUUGUACUGAAAGAAAUCAAGAAGUGCAUAAGUUUUGAGGUUAAGUGCAUACAAGCAUCUUGGAAAUUAAGAACCUACUUGAAGCUUCCAUGGAGGCCUCUUAUUUCCAUUGAAGGCACUACUGACUAUUAUUUGGACGAGGAACUGAAAGUGAGAUAGUGAGGCAUGCUGAAACAUGGAACGUAUCUCCAGGGGAAGCUGUCUUACAGAUAUUCAGAUCUGGUGCUGUGAGGCACAAGAAGUGAAUCAGAAGACCCAGGCUUAAUCUUAUCAUAUCAUAUAUGCCUUUGGAGAAAUCGUUGAGCAGCUAGCCUUGAGAGUCCUGCCAAAAUUGUCAGUCUGCAGCUGUUCAUCUGUUUUUUACACAUGCAGGUGCAUCUCAUCUAUGAUUGUUUCCAUGCCACUUUUUAUCUGGUUAACUUCACGUCGACACCUCUUCAGAAAUAUUUGACAGGUCAUGUUAUUAAUUACUAAUGAAAUGAGAAAUAAAAAUGUAAAAAAAGGGAAAGAGGCACAAUGAGGUUAAUGAUCAAAGGAGUGAUUGCUUCGCUUGGCCACAUAUGGUACAUGUUUUGAGCUAACUGCAUGUUUAAGCGGAAGGCCACAUAUGUUCAGAGAUGUUUCGUUUUGAGCUAACUGCACGUUGAAGAGGUUAUGAUGAAGCACGAUCACAGCGAAUACCAUUGAACCUUCCUAACUCGUUCCAGCAUGGACAUGGAAUGAGUGGUUUCAGCGUUCAAUCUGAACAUCUCAUGACAUUUUGGGUAUCAGACUGAAAAACGAUUUUUGUUGCUUAUUUCAUGGAAGCAAUAUUGACUUGGAUAAUUUUUUUGUUUAGACAUUUAGAAAAGACUUAAAGUCAAUUUUUCGUACUGCAUGUAAA